GAUUUCCAGCGUAGAUUCACAUAGUGAAGAAAACGACAUCCGCCGCGACUUCUUGAUGUUCCACGUUCUACGUGUCAAUUAUUUGAAUUAAUCGGGCUGUGUUUGUCAGGAUAAGACAGGAUUUCUUAUCUUAGAUUAAAGCGAUCGGCAAUCAUCCUUUGAUAUUCAUUCUGUUUCUGAGUUCGUCAGCGUUUGUUGUAAAGAAGAAAAUAAUCGCGAUAUGGUUUGGGGACUGAUACUAGAAUCGAAAUCGCAAUAUUCGCAACAUGUGUUCGUACCGUUCGAAAUAACCGGCGCAGCUUUAGACAUUACGCAAGAUGAUUAUCAACCUGUGAAAGUAAUGAUGCAGUUCAACGAUAUCAAUUAUCUGCUUUGUACGUUACAAAAAAACCUGAUUCAUCAAGCACCACUGAACAUAAACAUUAGAAAAGGAUGUGUCGUAAAGUUUUUCAUAAUUGGCAAGAGCUCUGUACAUUUGACAGGAAAUUUUAGACCAGAAUACAGGCAGAAAGACAACAUCUAUUAUCUUGACCGAUUACAACGUUACAAACGUCGUCCCUACCAGUUUAUAAGAGAUGCAGUACGAAGCAGUCAAAGGUCUGAAGACUCUAGUAAAUCUAGCGAUGAUGAAGAUUUUAUAAAGCAAAAUAAGGUUCUUUUGGAUGAACUCAUCAAACGUAUUACGCAUCGAAUGUAACCAGAUCUCUCGCUGUAUUUAAAAA